CCGGACCGCGCUCCGCUGGGGGACCCGCGGUGGGUCGGAGCGCGGUGCGGCGGGGAGCGGGCCCCGCGGGCCCGGCAGCCGCCAUGUACGCGGGGCUGCAGGAGCUGGGGGUGGCCAACGGCGAGGACCUGAAGGAGACGCUCACCAACUGCACCGAGCCGCUGAAGGCCAUCGAGCAGUUCCAGACAGAGAACGGGGUGCUGCUGCCCUCCCUGCAGUCGGCGCUGCCCUUCCUGGACCUGCACGGCACCCCCCGGCUGGAGUUCCACCAGUCGGUUUUCGAUGAGCUGAGGGAGAAGCUGCUGGAGAGGGUCUCUGCCAUCGCCUUGGAAGGGAAAGUCGAGGAGAGAUACAAGAAGCUGGAAGAUCUCCUAGAGAAGAGCUUUUCCUUGGUCAAGAUGCCUUCCAUCCAGCCUGUGGUAAUGUGUGUCAUGAAGCACUUGCCCAAGGUCCCUGAAAAGAAGCUGAAGUUAGUGAUGGCUGAUAAGGACUUGUAUAAAGCAUGUGCAGUGGAGGUGAAGCGCCAGAUUUGGCAGGACAACCAGGCUCUGUUUGGUGAUGAGGUAUCUCCACUGUUGAAGCAAUACAUUCUGGAGAAGGAGAACGUUCUCUUCAGCAGUGACAUUUCUGUCUUGCACAAUUUCUUCAGUCCAUCUCCCAAAACAAGGCGUCAAGGAGAGGUGGUUCAGAAGCUGACCCAGAUGAUUGGGAAGAAUGUGAAGCUCUAUGACAUGGUAUUGCAGUUUCUGAGAACCCUCUUCCUCCGCACAAGGAAUAUUCAUUACUGCACACUACGGGCAGAGCUCCUCAUGUCACUGCACGACCUGGAAAUCAGUGAAAUCUGCACUGUUGACCCCUGUCAUAAGUUCACCUGGUGCCUUGAUGCUUGCAUUCGGGAGAAGUUUGUGGACAACAAGAGAGCUCGGGAAUUGCAGGGGUUUCUGGAUGGGGUGAAGAAAGGACAAGAACAAGUGUUGGGGGACUUAUCAAUGAUCCUGUGUGAUCCCUUUGCCAUUAACACCUUAGCCUUGAGUACCAUAAGGCACCUGCAAGACCUGGUUGGGCAGGACACCUUACCCAGGGAAAGCCCAGAUAUGCUGCUGCUCCUCAGGAUGCUGUCUUUGGGACAGGGGGCCUGGGACAUGAUUGACAGUCAAGUCUUCAAGGAACCAAAAAUGGAAGUUGAGUUGAUCACCAGGUUCUUGCCUAUGCUGAUGUCCUUUGUGGUGGAUGACCACACGUUCAACGUAGAUCAGAAACUGCCCUCAGAGGAGAAGGGACCAAUUCCCUACCCCAGCACCAUCCCUGAAGCUUUCACCAAAUUCUUGCAGGAGAACAGAAUAGCUUGUGAGAUUGGUCUGUAUUACAUCCUUCACAUCACUAAACAGAGGAACAAGAAUGCUUUCCUCAGGCUCCUGCCAGCACUAGUUGAGACUUUCAGUGACUUGGCCUUCGGUGAUAUCUUUCUGCAUCUGCUUACUGGAAACCUGACGCUGCUGGGUGAGGAAUUUGCACUUGAGGAAUUCUGCACCAGUCUCUUUGACAACUUCUUUCUCACUGCCUGCUCAAGAAAGGAGAAUGUACACAGACAUGUGCUAAGGCUGCUGCUUCAUCUGCAUCACAAAGUGGCACCUGCCAAAUUAGAGUCUCUCCAGAAGGCUUUGGAACCCACCAAGCAGAGUGGGGAAGCUGUGAAGGAGCUUUACAACCAACUCACUGAGAAACUGGAGCUUCGGAAGCCGAGUCCGGCUGAAGUGACUGAGACCCCCUCCAUGGAGCUGCCCCUGCCCACUGUGCCCACACCAGCCUCACGCUGAGCUCUGCCUGAGUGACACAGGAGAGGAACUAUCCUCGUGCUCUGCAGCGUGAAGGCACUGUGCUGCCUUUCAAGUGUCUCUGCCUACAGGGUGGAAACCAAACCAAAAGCCAUUCGAGCUCUUUCAGGAAACACUGCAGAUUACCCACCCCACUGGCUCUUGCUGGUUAGAAAACUGUAUGCAGUGCAUUGCAAGGUUUACUUUUCUUAAAGAUAGCUGGGUGUCGUCUUGUAGAUCCACUUUAAAAUCUGACUUUGGGUUUUAGUUUUGUUUUUUUUAUUUCCCAAAAAAAGGCAUAUUUUUAAGCUUGGCAUCUUGUAUUUUUAAAUUCUCCUUUAAGAACUGAUCAAUGAGUGUUUAACUCCGUUAUGGUUGAGCAGGUAGCGUGAACUUCUGAGGGCUAACCAUAGCUUUCUUCAUAGAAUCCCAGACUUGUUUGCGUUGGAGGGGACCUUAAAGCUCAUCCAGCUCCAACCCCCUGCCACGGGCAGGGACACCUUCCACUAGAGCAGGUUGCUCCAAGCCCCUGUGUCCAACCUGGCCUUGAACUCUGCCAGGGAUGGGGCAGCCACAGCUUCUCUGGGCACCCUGUGCCAGCACCUCAGCACCCUCCCAGGGAAGAGCUUCUGCCUCAGAGCUCAUCUCAAUCUCCCCUCUGGCAGGUUAAAGCCAUUCCUCUUGGCCUGUCCCUCCAGGCCCUUGUCCAAAGCCCCUCUCCAGGUUUCCUGGAGCCCCUUUAGGCACUGGAGCUGCUCUAAGGUCUCCCCUUCAGGAGCCUUCUCUUCUCCAGGCUGCCCCAGCCCAGCUCUCUCAGCCUGGCUCCAGAGCAGAGCUGCUCCAGCCCUCGCAGCAGCUCCGUGGCCUUAAACGGACUUCAUUUGUUAGUUUGCUCUCUGGCUUUUUGGAGAAGAUGAUCAACAGAAGGAAAUGUCAGAGGAGAAAAGCUCCACUGAUACCAUUCCCUGAUUGAGGUUCUAGCUCUUCUGGUGCAUGGUAGGACAUGCUGCAUUAGUCAGAGAUGCCCACCACUGUCACCUGACCAAGAAGCAGUGAACAGCCAUCUUCUCAAUUAGGCUCUUGCAAAGAAGGCCAGAAAUUGAAUCAUUCUCUUCCCUUUUCUCCAAAGGAGUAGUUUGAAAUGAGCCUGGGAGCCAGUGGGGGAAGAAAAAACCCAGGCACUAGCACAUUCUCCUGUGACAAAAGGGUUUGAGUGUAGGUGGGGUGAAAUUCUGUCUUUGAAAAAAUAGCCUGUUCUUCGUGGCUUGUUUGUGUUGCUGUCUGUACUGCUACAGUUAAUUCCUGUUCUGCUUUUACCACAGCCUCAGGUAGAGUGUGCAGGAAGAUGGACAUGGGAGGAGAAUGGGUUGUGUGAGUUUACCGUGCACUUUACGCUGAUUUCAAGAGGUUACAAUGUGCCUGGAAAAGUCUUGCCAGUCCCCUGUAGGCAGGAAGCUGUCUGCAUGGCUUACUCUGAAUGGCAGAGUAAUUCAGGUAGGAAGGCACCUCUGAGGAUGCGUGGUCCUGCCUCAGAGCAGGACCAGCCGAGGUGAGGUUGCUCAAGAGCAGGAAUUUGCAUUUACCUUUGAGUUUCACGCGGUUUCUGCUGGGCCAUUUCUCCAGCCUGUUGAGGAGGGGGGUCCCUUUGAACAGCCCUGCCCCAUGUGUCAGGCAUGCCCACAACCUGGUGUCCUUUGCUGAGGGUGUGUUCUGUCUUCAGGCUCUAAAUAGAGGCAUUGAAGGAUAUUAGCCCCAUUAAUGACCCCUGAGGAAUGCUGUGAGUAGUGAGCUGCCAGCUGGGCUUUGUGCUGUAGCUCACAGCCCCCUGAGUGUGUCCUGCCUGGUGCCAUGCAGCCAUCUGAACUGUCUCAAGGUGAUGUGCCUGUGUGGAUUACUCAGACAGUUGUGUCAAAAGCCCUUUUAAAGUCAGAGUAAGCUACACUGUGCUCCCCCAUCCACCAGGCCAAGCAUCUCCUUAUAGCAGGUUGUUGGGUUGGUCAGGCACAGUUAAUCCUUGGAAUUUCCCCUCUGUGCUGGCCAUGCCCUGUCACUUCCUUCUCCAUCCUGUUUCUGGAUGAUUUUUUUCCCCUGUCCCUGCUUGUUUCCUGGGACUUGAGCACUGCCAGUGCCAAAUCCUGCUUGUGAGGCUUCUCCAUUUCCCAAAGCUGUGUCCAAAACAAAAACCAGAUGCUGAUUAAGUAGAGAUGGAAUCCCUCCCCAUAGCUGCUGUCUCCCUCUUUGCAUGGUUUUCUUCCUCUUGAGCUCUCAGAUGCUGCAUGAGGCAAGUGAGCAUCACCUCUUUUCGUCACCUUGGUGCUUUAUUUCUCCUUUUAUGCAGGGACCUGCCUGUAUCUUGUGGGCAAUGGGAAGCUGGGUUAGGUUUGUGGAUGGGACAGGGGCGCUGUCCUCUAGCCCGUACCACCUCCGUGCACCUCCUCUGCACUCCAGCUCCCAAGGUCGGUGUUGCCUUUGGCAGCUCUCAGCAAUUCAGGCAUCAGACUUGUUGGAAGCAGGAUCUGGGUAUAACAAUCAUGUUUUUCUUGCAAAGUUUUGUUUUAAACCAUUUAAACUGUCAUGGUAACUGACACACAAUAACAUCCCACGCUGCUGGCAAA